UACUCAACAUUUACUCGUUGCUGUUAGCCUGAUAGCUUAUUUGCGUGAGAAGCGCUAACAAAAAUUGGCUAGGUCAUUAGGACCCAUACCAUUCCUGGAAAAUAACACUUCUGGGAAACAAAUUGCAAAAAGAUUAAACCCAGGUAAGAGCGAAUACUUGGCUAUAUUUGACGAAAUAUGAAGCUGUCGUGUACUGUACGUAUAUCCACUGGCGGAAUCAAAACAACAUCUUUAUUGACUACUCUACCCGGAAGCGACGUUCACUUGAACGUGAAAUGCAAUUGGUCGAUAGGCAACAACGCCAUGACGAAAGAAAAAUCGCUUUUUAGUGGGAACGCCAGAUUUAUUUGGGGAAAAAAACCUCCCGAAAUAUUUUUAAUUUAAGCAUUCUUUUUUCUUUUCUUUUUUUCAGUUUUGGUAACAGAAGAAGCUGCGUGUUUUAGUCUUUUGAAUGUAGAUUUUGUAGAUCUUGUACAUGACUAGUAUGUAUGUGUAUACGUGUACGUGUGUGCGCGUGCACUAUUUAUGUGUAAAGAGAAAAUGCUACUUUGUUUUAAACUGAGUUUCAUAUUCUGUGGGUUUCAUAACAUCAAAAUUCUUAAGAACAAUACAUAUGCGAAAUGCGUUAUGAGCCGGCUGUUAACGCUGAAUCAUAGCCACGGUGAUAUAUUUUUUUUUGUUAUAAACCAAACCGUUAGAAAAUUCGUUGAGACAUUGUCGAGUUUUAGUGGAGGAAAUCACUCAAUUUACAUUCACUGCUUUGAAGCCCGCAGUAGCGUGCUCUGCUUUAUGAUGGCUGCUGGUUUUCAACGCCGCCAUCUCAGAUUUUCCGCAUCUAGUAAUAAAUAUGUGAUGUCUAUUGACAGUGUUUAUUCACGCAACUAAACCCGGAAGCGGUGCAAACGUAAUGCUAUUGGUCGGUAAGUGAUGAACAUGACGUUGAACGGAGGUUAUUACCUAAAAAUAACGGCAGCGGCCUAGCAUUUUUGCCACUCUCUUAGCAAUCAAGCCCGGUGCUAAAUAACAAUGAAAUUCAGCUAAGUGCCAUUCAUGGACCACGCUAAGGUCAGUUUCAUGUGUUAAGGAGCGCCGUGCCAUGCAGAGGAGACACAGUAGCAACACGGAUGGCAUGCCCUCAGAAAGGAGCCGUAGCCAAACUGUGGAAUCAGAGAGCAGUCUGGACGAAGGCGGCGUGUUCGAUUGCUUAAAACCCGACUCGCCCACGUCGCCCCAGCAGAUCUUUUCGGGCCUGGUGGGCGUUCCGUCUGGUGCCGUCUCUUCUGCCCAGUUCCAGGCGGCGAGUUUAGUGCUGGGCUCGCAUCCUGAUGUCUUCAUCCAAAUGACUACGUUAUCCCGGGAAGAAGGAGGCCCCCGUCGCCCCGAGGUUGGAGUGUUCCUGCCUCGUCCGCCCCACCAUCACCACAACUUCCAUCACCCGCCGCCGCAGCACAGGACUUCCUCUCUUCUCCAGCAGGCGGCAGCGGCCACCUCGGAGAGGCACCAUCAUGGCCCCAGGGAAGAGGUGGGCCAAGAAGACCCGUCUGCACCGGCUCCUGCCCUCUCAGAGCUGAAGGCAGUAGUCUCGUGGCUGCAGAGGGGUUUCCCUUUCAUCCUUAUCCUGCUGGCCAAAGUCUGCUUCCAGCAUAAGCUUGGUAUUGCAGUUUGCGUUGGGUUGGCCAGCACCUUCACCUACGCCAACGCCACCUUCAAGCAUCAGGUGUCGCUGCGGGAGGAGCGCUCGGUGCUAAUGGCCCUUUGGCUUGCACUCUUCCUUUCUGGGAAUGUGGCAUAUAUUUACUACGCCUUCCGCCAAGAGGAGCUGCAUAAAAGCCUCAUGUUUUCCAAGCCCAACCUCAACGGUUUUGACUUCUUCGACCUAAUGUGGGCGGUGGGCAUCAACGACUUUGUUCUCAAGUUCGUCACCGUUGGACUGAAAUGCUUCGUCCUCCUUCUACCUGGCAUCUUCUUGGCUUUCAAGUCUAGGGGCAAGUUCUACCUGCUAAUUGAGGAGCUGAGUCAGCUGUUUCGUGCAUUGGUUCCCAUCCAGCUGUGGUACAAGUAUAUCAUGGGGGAAGAGCCUUCAGCCAGCUACUUUUUGGGAGCUGCGCUCAUUAUAAUCUACAGUCUCUGCAAGGGCUCUCCCUUAGAGAUAGGGUCAGAAGCUUGGUCAUCCUGGAGGGACUCAGGGUCGAGCCGCUACUCCUCUGUGUUGAGGGGAGCUGAGGUGGCUCAGGGAGGUUCGGAGGCCUCCUGGACGCCUUCCCGCAGAGGUGUUCCGUGCAUGCCCCACCGGCGGAAGGCACCGGAAACGACUCAGGACAUGCUGGAGAGAGUAGAAUACAAUGGAAUAGAAUAGUCCUUUAAUGUCAUUAUACAGUUGUACAAUGAAAUUAUGGAGCAUCUCCCUUUUCAGUGCAGGAUAAGUUAAAAUCUCAAAAGUGACUUGCAAGUAUAAAAGUAUAAAAUAUAAAUAUAAGAUGUGUAUGAGAUAUUCCUAUGUUCAAGCAGUGCAAAUAAUGGAAGUACGUAGCAGCGGUUUGACAGUGAAGGCAUGGAAUAUUGCACGUAGUAAGUAUUGCACAUUGAAUAUUGGACAUUGGGUGAUGUGGUGUUACAUAUGGCAGUUCAGGGUGUAAAUGGCUUUAGCAAAUGAACUGUUCCUCAGUAUGUCUGUUCUAGCUUUUAAACACCUAUAGUGUCUUCCAGAGGGAAGCAGUUUAAACAGCUGAAAACCAGGAUGUGAACUGUCCUUGAGGAUGUUUAGAGCUCUGCUGAGGCACCAGGAGGAGUAGAUUUCCAUCAGGUAGGGGGAGAGGACAGCCUAUGAUCCUCUGCGCUGCCUUGACUGUCCUCUGAAGCCUCUCCCAGUCUGCAGUAGUGCAGCUCCCAUACCAGGUGGAAAUACAGUAUGUUAGCAGGCUCUCAAUGGGUGAGUGGUAGAAGGCCAGCAGCAGCUUUCUGUCCAGCUUGUUGUUCCUGAUGACUCUUAGGAAGUGCAGAUGCUGCUGAACCUUCUUUAUGAUGACUGCUAUGUUUGCAGUCCAUGAGUGGUCAUCUGAGAUCUGGACUCCCAGGAACCUGAAGGUGAGGAUCCUCUCCACACACUCGCCGUUGAUAUACAGGGGCGGCGGAUCGGUUCUGUUCCUCCUGAAGUCCAUGAUGACCUCUUUGGUUUUGGUGGUAUUCAGGGCCAAGUUUUUGUCUGAGCACCAGACUGAGAGUUUGUAGACUUCCUCUCUGUAGGCUGCCUCAUCUCCUAUGGGAUCAGUCCAACCACUGUGGUGUCAUCAACAAACGAGACGAUAGCGUUGCUCCUGUGGAUUGGACUGCUGUCGUUGGAUUGGACUGCUGUCGUAGGUACAGCGACAGUACAGGAGGGGGCUCAGUACACAGCCCUGUGGUGAGCCGGUGCUCUGUGUGCAGUUGAAAGAAUGGUGGGGGCCAAGUCUCACAGUCUGGGGUCUGUUGGACAAAGGCAAUCCUUAAUCCAGGAGCAUGUGAGAGGAGGGCAGAAUAUCUAGCUUUGUAGUGAGAAUGUCCAGGAUGAUGGGGUUAAACGCAGAACUAUAAUCAACAAUGAGCAUCCUGGAAAAGCUCUGCUAUACUAUGUCUCUCGGCUGGCUUGGGAACGUCUUGGGAUCCCGCCUGAGGAGUUGGUUGAAGUGGCUGGGGAGAGGGAAGUCUGGGCUUUCCUGCUAAAGCUGCUGCGACCCGACCUCGCAUUAAGUGUCAGAUAAUGAAUGGAUGUAAAAGCGAACCAAAACUGACAGCUUUUGUCAACAGGGACUGGAAAGAAAGCAUUACUAAUGUCCACAACAGUAAGGAAAGUUGAAUCUAGUCCAGUUAACAAUGUGUGUUGGCCCAGGAUGUAAAGUGCCCUUUAAAUUAUGGCAUCAUUGACUGAUUGUAGGUCCUAGACCAUUCUCCAACCCACAGAAGGUGAGGCCUUUUUUACAGGAAAAAUAAGAUCUUUAUUGAUCCCAUCAUGGGGAAAUUUUCGGUGUUACAGCAGCAAAGAUAUAGGUCACACAGAGGAUGGCGUGAUGUAGCCGUUAAUGUAAUUAACACUAUUACUAAAGGAGCUGUGGAGUGCUGUAAGGGUGCCCCGGAGGGGGUGGGACGGGUUGUGCAGCACUGAUGACAGCUUUGCCAUCGUCCUCCUGUCCCCCACUGAGUCCAGGGAGAAGCCUAGGACAGAGCCAGUCAUCCUUAUCAGUUUGUCCAGCCUCUUUUUGUCCCGGGCUGAGACGCCGCGUGCCCAGGAGACCACUCCAUUGAAUAUGACUGAUGCAACCACCGAGUCAUAGAAGCCCUUGAGGAGUGCCCCCUGAACGCUAAAAGACCUCAGCCUCCUAAGUGGGAAGAGUCUGCUUUGACCCUUCCUAUCGAGAGCGUUGAUGUUGUCACUCCAGACCAAUUUAUUGUUCAGAUGAACACCCAGGUACUUGUAAGUUGAGACUCUCUCAACAUCCGUUCCCUGGGUAUUCACUGGUACAAGUGGAGAGUGGCGGCGCCUGCCGAAAUCCACCAACAGCUCCUUGGAUUUCUCCGCGUUGAUCUGGAGGCGGUUCUGCUGGCACCAGUCCACAAAACCCUGAAUAAGUUCUCUGUACUCCCGAUCAUCUCCGUCUGAGAUGAGGCCAACAAUCGCAGAGUCGUCAGAGAACUUCUGCAUGUGACAGGUGGGGGUGUUAUAUCUGUAGUCCGAAGUGUAGAGGGUGAACAGGAAGGGAGCCAAGACAGUUCCCUGCUGUGCCCCAGUGCUGCAGAGAAGCACGUCAGACACACAGUCCCAUGCCCUCACGUACUGUGGCCGGUUUGUAAGGUAGUCCUGGAUCCAUGUGGUGAGGUAGUUGGCCACUCCUGCCCGCUCCAGCUUGUCUCCCAACAGGGUGGGCUGGAUGAUGUUGAAAGCGCUGGAGAAAUCAAAGAACAUGAUCAUCACAGUGCUCCCCGCCUUCUCCAGGUGGGAGAGUGAAGUGUGGAGGAGGUAGAUGAUGGCAUCAUCCACACUAAUACCAGGCUGGUAUGCAAACUGGAGUGGGUCCAUUGAGGAGCUCACCAAAGAGCGCAGGUGGACAAGGACCAGUCUCUCCAGGGUCUUCAUCAGAUGAGAUGUCAGCGCCACUGGUCUGAAGUUGUUGAGCUCCUUCGGGUGUGGGGUCUUUGGCAGCGGGACCAGGCAGGAUGUUUUCCACAGCUGGGGGACUCUGCCCAGCUUCAGGCUCAGGUUGAAC